AUGGGGAUGGGGCCAGGCGCGGUGCCCGCGGGCGCCCUGUGCCUGGGCGCUGCGCUCAGCGGCAUCGUCAGCUUCGGGCUCCUGGCCGUGGCCAUCGGGUCGGACUAUUGGUACCUGCUGCGGGUGGAGCCGGCGCGGGACCCGGAGCCGCUCAGCUCCCACUCCGGGCUCUGGCGGGUCUGCGAAGGCAGGAACGUCUGCAUCCCACUGAUCGACCCAUUUGGGAGCGAAACCCAAGAGGUGCCCGCGUCACUGCAGCAUCUGAUCUGCAUGCACCGGGCCUUCGUGGUCAUGCUGCCACUCAGCCUCAUCCUCCUCGUCUUCGGCUGGAUCUGUGGCGUUGUCAGCUCCUUGGCACAAAGCUGCCAGCUGCUACUCUUCACAGGCUGCUACUUCCUGCUGGGAGGCCUGCUGACUCUGACCGGGAUCAGCGUCUACAUCAGCUACUCGGGGGCGGCCUUCGCCGAGACCGUCCGCAUGUACAACCAGCAGCACUUUGACCAUGUCCGCGUCAGCUUUGGCUGGUCCAUGGCACUGGCCUGGCUCUCCUUCAGCUCUGAGGUGCUGGCUGGCUCCCUCCUCCUCCUCGCCGCCCGGCUCCUCGGCCUGGCAAGCCACACGCUCUGUGGCCAUCUGAGCCACAGGGAGAUGGGCAGGGACACCCCAGCGCUCCGCUGCCUGCAGCCUCUUUGGGACUGACCUUUCUGCCAUCCCGUGCCCCCUGCAUUGCAGCCCCUGCUGCUGGGAGGGAAGCGGGUAGGGGGCAGAGGCUAAAGCCCCACAGCAGCAGGUCCCUCCACCCCCUGGUGCUGCUGGCUGCAGCCUGGAUUCCCUGAGUUCUUGGGGCAAGCCCGCCCACCUCCCGGUUAACCAAUAUGGCUCCCCUCAAUCCAAUGGACCCUGGCUAUGAUGGAGGCCAGCCUGUUAGAGAGGGCCUGCACCCUCCCCACACAGAGCCAGCCGGCUGCAGGGAAGAGGAUGGGGACAAGGGGAGCACAGGGCAGAUGGCUGCUGCACCAUGCUCAGAUAUGGCUUGUGGAAGACCUGGAGAGGAGCAGGGAAGCCCAUCAGACUGGUGCCAAGCCUGG